GUCUCCCGAAACUGACCUUGGAAAUUCUCUAAAUCCUCAAUUUCGUUUACCCGUACUGUUAGGCUCAUAGGGUUUCAUUUUCCUCUUCUGGGUUAGACUCAAAGCCAGGAAGUAGACGGAUUUUGAGUUGCUGUCUACUUGAGGUUUGUGGAAUAAAAUGUUUGUCAUUGCAGUCACAUGAUCUUCUUCUUUCACUUUAUAAUUUAGGGCGAAGGGUUGGAUUCGUAGAUCUGUGUUGCAAUAUUGAGUUUAUUUAGUUGUGAUGCUUGAGAAGUUGAGUGGAUUAUGCAGCAGUCUGGUGCGUUGGUUUCCUAGUUUGAUAGUCGCAACCAAGAAAUAAGUCUAUGCAAUAUCUGGGUCUGAAAUGGAUUCAAUUGAAAUUAUUCUGAGCUUUCGGUAGAUUUUGUGACCUUCAUGGGAUUUAUAUGGUUUCGGCAGUGUGAGUUGAUUAUGGAACUGGAGAGAUCUCACUACUGGAUUGAGAGUCACCUUUCAUUUUCAUUGGAGAUAGGGUUUGACAUAUAGCAUGGUCUGGGGGCAUUGCAAAUAAAAAAUUAGAAGAUCAUCCCAUAAUCAAGUCCUUUGAUGGUUCGGGAAGAUUUUGAAUAGCAACUAUAUCUUUGUCGUCGAUGAAAUUAUCUAAGGAGGUUCUUAUUGUCACACGUUCUUUCUCAACUAAACUCUUAACCGUGCUUGUUCCAAGUCUAAGUUGGUUGGUGUUGUCGUCAAAAACUUCUUUUUUGAUGAGAAGGUCUUUAGAUGUAAACAAUUGGACCUUCUGAUUAUUUUCAAGAUUUCAUAUCUGAUCUGGUGGUACUUAAUUUAUUGGUAAUUUUGUAACUUCUAUCAGUUGAGUGUUAACUUGGAAGAACCCGUUGUCAUUUCUGUAAUUAUUUUUAACCUAAAAAUAUGCCUUCAUGGUGGGGAAAGUCUUCAUCCAAAGAAGUCAAGAACAAAAUGAGCAAGGAAAGUUUUAUUGAUACAUUACACCGAAAAUUUAAGAUUCCAUCUGAAGAAAAGGGUAAUAUUAGAUCAAGUGGAUCUCGUAGAUGGAGUAGUGAUACAGUUUCAGAAAAAGGAUCUCGAUCCCGUGCUGCAUCAAGAUCACCAUCCUCCUCCACACAAGUGUCACGAUGUCAAAGUUUUGCAGAAAGGCCUCAAGCACAACCACUUCCUCUUCCAGGGUUGCACCCUGCAAGCAUAGGACGGAUGGAUUCUGGAAUCAGUAUAUCUAUAAAAACAAAAUUGGAAAGAUGCUCUACGCCAUCGUUGUGUUUGCCACUCCCAAAACCUGGUUGUAUCCCACACAGGACAAAUGUAACGGAUGUUGAUGGAGAUUUGGCAUCUGCAUCUAUUUCUAGUGAUAGUUCAAUUGAUAGUGAUGAUCCAGUUGACUCACAUCAUCUUGGCCCACAGACAACUGACUAUGAAAGUGGGACCAGAACAGCGAACAGUCCAUCCAGCACGAUGCACAAGGAACAUUCGGCUAUCAUCACUUCAAAGAAUUCAAGAGAGGUGCUGAAUCCAACUAAUCCCUCGUUCAACAAUCAGAUACUCUCUACAUCACCUAAACGGGGACCCUUAAGCAAUUAUGCACCAAAUUUACAGAUUCCUUCCCAUGGUGCUUUUGGAAGUGCUCCAGACAGCUCGAUGUCAAGCCCUUCAAGAAGUCCUAUGAGAGCAUUUGGCACCGAUCAGAUUACUAGCUCUGCCUUCUGGGCAGGAAAGCCUUAUCCAGAUGUUUCAUUACUUGGAUCUGGUCAUUGCUCGAGUCCAGGUUCAGGUCAGAAUUCUGGACAUAAUUCGAUGGGAGGAGAUAUGUCAGGACAGUUAUUUUGGCAGCACAGCAGGGGAAGCCCUGAGUGUUCUCCAAUACCUAGCCCCAGACUGACAAGUCCUGGUCCUAGCUCCAGGAUACAUAGUGGUUGUGUCACUCCUCUGCAUCCACGGGCUGGAGGAACAGCCACAGAAACAUCAACAAGCUGGCAGGAGGAUGGGAAACAAGGUCAUCGGUUGCCACUUCCUCCUAUAACUAUUCCUAGUUCUUCCCCUCUCCCUACGUCAAGUUCGCCUCCAACAAUGUCCUCACUCCCACGAAGUCCCGGAAGGGCAGAGAAUCCAACAAGUCCUGGUUCACGUUGGAAGAAGGGAAAGCUACUGGGCACAGGUGCUUUUGGACAUGUUUACGAAGGUUUUAACAGUGAAAGUGGUGAAAUGUGUGCUAUGAAGGAGGUUAUACUAUUUUCAGAUGAUGCGAAGUCAAAGGAAAGUGCGAAGCAGUUGGGGCAAGAAAUUGCUCUACUGAGUCGCUUGCGGCAUCCAAAUAUAGUGCAGUAUUAUGGUUCUGAGACGGUUGAUGACAAACUGUACAUAUACUUGGAGUAUGUGUCGGGUGGCUCCAUCCAUAAGCUGCUUCAAGAAUAUGGGCAGUUUGGUGAACUGGCAAUUCGCAGUUAUACUCAGCAAAUUCUUUCAGGCAUUGCAUAUUUGCAUGCUAAGAAUACUGUCCAUAGGGAUAUUAAAGGAGCAAAUAUACUUGUAGACCCCAAUGGACGUGUGAAAUUGGCAGAUUUUGGGAUGGCAAAGCAUAUUACUGGGCAAUCGUGCCCCUUAUCUUUCAAGGGAAGCCCUUACUGGAUGGCACCUGAGGUUAUAAAGAAUUCAAAUGGCUGCAAUCUUGCUGUUGAUAUAUGGAGUCUUGGAUGCACGGUUCUUGAGAUGGCUACAACAAAACCACCUUGGGGCCAGUAUGAAGGGGUUGUUGCUAUGUUUAAGAUCGGGAACAGUAAAGAGCUUCCAGCAAUCCCUGAUCAUCUCUCAGAUGAGGGGAAGGAUUUUGUCAGGGAGUGUUUGCAACGCAAUCCUGUACGUCGUCCUACAGCUGCUCAGCUUUUGGAACACCCUUUUGUAAAAAAUGCUGCACCACUGGAGAGACCCAUUUUGGCCUCUGAGCCUACAGAAAUACUGCCUGGAAUUACUGAUGGAGUGAGAACUUUGGGUCUUGGGCAUGUGAGAAACCUUUCUUCCUUGGAGGCAGAAGGGCUAGCAAUCCAUCAGUCCAGAGGUACCAAAGGUGGCCCUGCAUCCAGUGAUAACAUGCUGAGGAACAUAUCAUGUCCAGUUUCUCCCAUCGGAAGCCCUCUUCUCCAUUCAAGAUCCCCCCAACAUGUGAAUGGAAGGUUGUCUCCUUCUCCUAUAUCUAGCCCCCGUACCACUUCUGGUUCAUCCACACCCCUCACUGGAGGAAAUGGUGCCAUUCCAUUUCAUCACCUGAAGCAGUCAGCUUACUUGCACGAAGGCUUUGGGAGCGUGCCAAGGUCUCCAAACGGUCUCUAUGUCAAUGGUUCCACAUAUCAUGACCCCAGGCCUGACCUCUCUCGGGGGAUGCAGCCCGGAUCUCAUGUAUUCCGGGAACUUAUGUCAUCCGAAAAUGAUUCUCUUAGGAAGCAGUUUGGAAGGCGUGCCCAUGGGGAUUCAAGGGAAUUGUAUGAUGGUCAGUCUGUGCUGGCUGAUAGAGUAUCUCAGCAGCUGUUGAGGGAUCUCAUGAAAUCAAAUCCAUCUCUGGACCUUGGUCCUGGCUCCCCAAUGUUACACCAUACCAAUGGUAUCUGACUCCACAACGUACCCCUUGGAGCAGGCUCCUGAGCAUAUAGGAUUCUUUUUGUGAGUCUGGAAGUUGAUUUAUAAGCAUAUUAUUGGCAAAGAAGGCUCAUUUGUACAAUAAGGACCCCCAUAGGAAAAUACUGGAAUAAGGUUGGAUCCUUGGAAGCCAAAGUGGCCAACAGAGGUUUCUCAUUAUGGUCUCCUUUCAGUUCCUCCAUAUAGUAAGCAACCUUGCUAUCCUAAUUCAUGUUUUGAUGCCCGAGCCAUCUGCACUCAAUUAAUUUUGACAUAUGACAAUUGCUGAAACAUGCUUCAAGCUUUUAAGCUAUUCUGCUGGUAUCAAGCUCAUUUUGUAUUGCUUUGUCAAUUUCUGCGGAACAAGAUAUGGUUGAAACUUGCCCGAGUCACUUGACUAAAUUGUGAACUAGAAAUCUGAUUUUGGAUGGGAGACGGAUUCCAAUGGCCGAAAAUUCAGCAGUUCCAUACAGUUAAAAAAAAAUAUCUUUAGUAGUGGAAAGAACUGUACAUUGUAGAUCAUCAUACAAAUGAAGAAGAGUAAGUUGGGAGAGUUAUUGGCAUUUUGG